UUUCUGCUCAGCCUCUCCAGCGAACAGGAUGGAGUUUGCUCUAAAGCUAUUUGUGGUCUUUGCUCUCGUGAAAGCAACUCAGCUUACACCUUUAGAAGACCAAAAGAAACAGUCGGUGAUGGUUUUGGAAGCAUGCAGAAAAGAGCAUCAAGUUCCUGACGGCCCGCUGCCUGACCUUAAAGAAGAUUCCCCGAGAAAUUUAAUGUGCUUGGUAAAAUGCGUAAUGGAGGGACUUUAUAAUAAGUCUAUAUCCGACAUCGACUCUCUUCACUCGGAAUAUCAAAAAAGGUUGCGUUACCUAGGAGUUGCUGACGAGGAAUUCUUCAUCAAAGAGGAAGGGGUGUUUUCAAAAUGCAAAGAUGUGGCAAAAAGUGUCUCGGAUGAUUGUGAAAAGGCUGCGAAACUGAUGCUCUGCGUAGAAAAAGUUUCCAAAACGGAUGGAGUGAAGAAUCCUAAAACUCUUAUGAAAGAAUAAAAAUAAAAACAUACUGAAUUACUAGCAUUUCAA